AUGAAGCAAAUUCAGAGGGUUCUCUUUGUUUGCAAGAGCCGCAUCCGUCCUGUUAAUGUUGUGAGGUCACCAUCUAUACAAACGAUACGAAGCUCUUCUAGCCAACCCUCUGCACAUCAAUGGAGGUCCAGGCUCGGAUUCGGCCUUGCUGGCGCGGUGAUAGGAGUUGUCGGCACGGCACUUGCAUUAAGUCGAGGAUCUUUGGCUGGGAGCAAGCUCUCAAAUGGUUCAGAGGUCGUCGAAGAUAACCCACAGCUGCACCUUCCUUCCAAAUAUGCAGACAAUCAGACCAUGCAAACGGCCUUGAGAGAGAUACAAGAAGCGCUCGGCGAGGGUACGGUUAGCAUAGAUGAAGACGACCUCGAAACGCAUGGCUAUUCCGAGUGGUCAACUUCGAACACAACAGCUCGGCCGAUGGCUGUAAUCACGCCGAGAUCGACUGAUGACGUUUCCACCAUUGCCAAAAUCUGUAACAGGUAUAGAGUUCCCCUUAUUGCCUAUGGUGCAGGCUCAAGCGUUGAAGGCCAUAUCUCUGCACCUUUCUCCGGCUUCAGCAUCGACAUGUCUGGUAUGAAUGACAUUCUUGUUUUCCAUGAAGAUGAUAUGGACGUUGUGGUCCAGCCGGGAGUCAACUGGGUUGACCUCAACGAGAAACUUAAACCUUCUGGGCUGUUCCUACCUCUCGACCCUAGUCCUACGGCGCAUAUUGGGGGGAUGGUGGCUACCAAUUGCAGCGGCACGAACGCAAUGAGAUAUGGUACUAUGAAAGAUUGGGUCCUCAACCUAACAGUGGUCCUUGCGGAUGGUACGAUCAUCAAGACUAGGCGUCGACCGCGGAAGACAUCAGCCGGAUAUAAUCUGACUGCAUUGUUCACUGGCUCCGAAGGAACCCUAGGCAUCAUCACAGAAAUUACGUUGAAGUUGGCCGUUAUCCCCCCCGCGUCUGCCGUGGCUACUGUAUCGUUUCCUACUGUGAGGGAUGCUGCGGCGGCCGCCUCGAAGAUGAUGCGCCAAGGUCUUUCCCUAGGUGCUCUGGAACUGAUGGAUGACGAGCAGAUGAGAAUUGUCAACCAAGCCGGAGGAACAGGAAAGAAAUCGUGGAAAGAGCUCCCGACGUUGUUCUUGAAGUUUUCAGGAACAAAGGACGUAAUAAGUGAUAGCAUCUCAAGUGUUAGAGCAAUUGCUCGAAAUUUUAAGGGAGAGGGAUUGGAAGUGGUCACAACAGAGCAGGAAAUGCAGGAUUUGUGGUCCGCCAGAAAACUGGCACUAUGGUCGAUGCUCGCUGUGCGUCCGGAGGGUACUCAAAUGUGGGGCACCGACGUCGCAGUACCUCUUUCUCGCAUGGCGGAAAUCAUUGAGUCUUCGAAGCAGAACUCUUCCAAACUUGGGCUUUUUUCAAGUGUUUUGGGACACGUGGGAGACGGAAACUUUCAUCAAACCGUGAUGUACAAUCCCAACGAGCCUGAGCAGGUGGAGGCUGUGAAAGAGUGCGUGGAUGAGAUGAUUUUGGAAGCCCUAGAGAUGGAAGGCACCGUUUCAGGGGAGCAUGGAAUAGGCCUUGGGAAAAAGCACUGCUUGAUGAAGGAGCUCGGUCCCGUCACCGUGGGAGUUAUGAAAGCUCUCAAAACGACUCUCGACCCGCACUGGAUCUUGAAUCCUGGCAAAGUUUUCGAUGAAUGA